AUGGCUGUCGGAUUCCGGCGCUGCCAGCUCGCCUUGAUCUUCUGGGCCGCCCUCGGCGGGGAAAGCAAGUUCUUGGAGGGGCGGCAGGACACCUUCGCGGACGGGACGGCCCUGCUCUUCAACCAGGAGCUGAAAAGGCAACUCUCCGGCGAGCAGAUCUACCGACGGGAGCUGCGAUGUCUUGACAUGCUAAGUAUAGAAGGGCAGUUCACCUUCACCGCAGACCAACCCCAGAUGCAUUGUGCAACAUUCUUCAUAGGAGAAUCAGACAAAUUCAUCAGCAUAGAUUUUGACUUUGUUAACAUUGACUGUCAAGCUGGAGAUUUCUUGAAGGUUUUUGAUGGCUGGAUAUUGAAGGGUGAGAAGUUUCCUAGCUCUUUGGAUCACCCUCUCCCCACCUCUGAAAGAUACAGAGAUGUCUGUGAAGCUGGAGCUAGCCUGACCACCAUCAGGUCAUCUCAGAAUGUUGCCAUGAUCUUCUUCAGGAUUCAGGAUGCAGGGAAUGGAUUCACAUUAACAAUAAAGCAGCAGCCUAAUCUUUUCCCUUGCAAUAUCAUCUCCCAGACUCCGAGGGGAAGGUUUACGAUGAUUGUUCCUCAUCAGCAUCGGAACUGCAGUUUUUCCAUUAUCUACCCAACAUUGAUAAAAAUAUCUGAUCUUAGCCUGGGGCAUUUGAAGGGCUUUCACUUGAAGAAACCAACUGCAGGUUGCAGGGGCACCGGAGAUUUUAUGGAGUUGCUGGGAGGAAAUGGGUUAGACCCUUCUAAGAUGCUUCCAUUGGCUGAUCUUUGCCAUUCUUUCAGUGGCCCUGCUCAAAUGAAGAUUGGCUGUGACAACACUGUACUGCGAUUAGUCUCAAGUGGAAAGCAUAUCAAUCAAGUAACCUUUGAGUAUUACCAGUUGGAUCAAUAUGAACAGGAAAACAACAGCCUCAACGAAUUUUGUCUUUCAAGCAUUUGAAAUAUUGGACAAGUCCUCUUCCUAGAACGUAUUAAUUCUGAGCAGCUAAAUUGGUGAAACACUUCUGCUGUCUGAGCACUUAUCUUUUCAAAUGAAAUCAUUAUUU